AUGUUCAAGUUUGUGAUUUUGUUGUCCGUUGUUGCCUGCGCUCUCGGCACCAUCAUUUCCGAGGGUCUUCUGCCCAAGCUGAGUGGGCACAUUCUGGGAGGAUCGCUCACCACCAACAUAGACUUUCCUCAUAUGGUCUCAGUGCAGGGCCCUGGCAUAUGUGGUGGCAGUCUUAUAACUGUAAAUGUGGUUGUGACUGCUGCACAUUGUGUGGAAGGAGCGCCGGCAUCGAAGUUAAACGUAGUCGCUGGUGCCAGACUCUUAAAUAUUGGCGUUGACCGCUUAAAAGUUUCCCGUACAAUAAUACACGCGAAUUAUAGUUCAACCACAAUGGCUAACGAUAUUGCGCUCCUGCGCUUAAGCAAACCAGUCACCUUAAGUCCCAAUAUUCAGCCAAUUGCUCUGGCCAGCUCCAAUCCUGCCAACGGUGCUUCUGCUGUUGUCACCGGUUGGGGCAAUCUUAUAAGUAAUUUGCUCCCAAAAUUCUUGUUUAAGAUGGAGGUUAAAUUCCUCGACUACACAAGCUGUGGUAUACACUAUAGUAACGUUCUGGACACCCAUGUCUGCGCUUUUCGGGAAAAUGCCUUCAUGGGUGACUCUGGUAGCCCACUGGUCUAUAAUAACAAGCUCAUUGGUAUUAGUUCCUGGGGCCGUACUACAUUAGGUAGCCCAACUGGUUACACGUCUAUACCCUCACACUAUGACUGGAUUAACGCUAAUACAGAGGACUAAGUUGCUUGUUAAAUAAAGCAACGAAUAAAUGAUAAUGUAACCAAUGCGAUAUAUUUACGCCACAUGCAUUGUAUAAAUAUUUAUAAAUAAAGCAACUUAAGCAUCA